CGUAGCUCAGAACAAUUUGUUGAUUUCUACUACAAGACCUUCGAUGGCGACCGCACCCAGCUCGCUGCUCUUUACAGAGAGGGGUCCAUGCUCACGUUUGAGAAAGAGCCAUUCCAAGGCACAGGGACCAUUGUGGAGAAGUUGAGCAACUUGCCGUUCCAGAAAGUCCAACAUCGCGUUGAUACGGUCGAUUCUCAGCCUUCGAACGAACAGGGAGCUAUCUUGGUCCUGGUCACAGGUGCUCUGAUGGUUGAUGACCAGCCACAACCAAUGAGCUAUGUCCAGACGUUCAAUCUGGUAAACGCAGACGGCAGCUACUACGUCCAGAACGACGUCUUCAGAUGUAUGCAGAGAAUCUCC